AUGUCUAAUCCUAGUGAAGAGUGGGCUGCCAAAUUGAAAGUGGUUGAAAAAAACAGUGAUGGAACAACCCAAACUAGAAUCAUUCGCCGCACAUCUAGCGACUUUAAGUUCGAAAGAGAACUUGGAGAAGGAUCAUAUUCUACGGUGAUGUUGGCUCAUGAUAUUCAUACUGAAAAGCCAUAUGCCGUAAAAGUCCUUGAUAAACGUCAUAUCGUCAAGGAAAAAAAAGUCAAGUAUGUUAACAUUGAAAAGGAGUCGUUAAAUAUUUUGGGUCGUCGCAAUGGAAUAGUUCAUUUAUUUUUCACCUUCCAGGAUGAAUACUCGCUUUAUUUUGUCCUUGAUUACGCUUCAAAUGGGGAAUUGCUAUCAUUGAUCAAAAAGUAUGGCUCUUUAAAUGAAGAAGUGACAAAAUACUAUACCUGUCAAUUGAUAGAUGCCUUGAAAUACAUUCACGAUUCAGGAAUUAUUCACCGUGACUUGAAGCCGGAAAACAUUUUACUUGAUCAGGAUUGGAAGAUACAGAUAACUGAUUUCGGUACUGCCAAGUUUUUAGAUAAAGAUCCAUCUACCGGGGCAUUUAUUGAUGACGGUAGAGCUAAGUCAUUUGUGGGAACGGCUGAGUACGUAUCACCUGAACUUUUGAAUGAUAAGGCUGUGGGGAAACCUUGUGAUAUUUGGGCCCUUGGGUGUAUCAUCUUCCAAAUGAUUGCUGGGAAACCGCCAUUUAAAGCGACAAACGAUUAUCUUACGUUUCAACAAGUUAUGAAAGUGAAGUAUGCGUUUUCUGCUGGAUUCCCAUCGAUUAUCCGAGAUUUGGUCAAAAGAAUCCUUGUACCAAUACCAGGUGAUAGACCUACUAUAAAAGAAAUUAAAAAACAUUUGUUUUUCCAAGAUAUCAAUUGGAAAGCCUCGGAAACUUCAAUCUGGUAUACUCCUCCUCCGGAAUUUAGUCCUUACAAGAUGUCUGUUCAAUCGAUGAAGCCAAUUCCUGCCCUCAGUGACAAUCAUCCAAAGCCAAGAAUGAGAAAUAAUAGUUCAAGGUCGCUGCCAAGUGUUCCAGUAAUGGAUAAUAAUGGUGACCUGAAAAAGAAUUUAUCUGCCAAUGCCGCAGUGAUUGCGUUGACAAAGCUUUCUUUGGCAGAUAAUGUCUCCGCUCAUGAUGGGAAACCCAAAAGACGUUCACUGAAAGAUCAUCAUCGCCAAAACUCGGCACCUUCUAGUAAACGUGGCCAGGAUCUUAGGAUGAAGUAUCAUGAUGGGAUUGCAAAUAAUAUUAGUACUUCACCACGCGCGAACUCGCCUACCAUCACUUCUAGUACGACUGCUAAUCAUUGGUCAUCAUCUUCGCCAGCACCUGCUAAUGGUGAAUUAUCUGAAAAACGGUCAAAAAAAGGAUCGGUAUCGCUUCCAUCAUCACCACUUAUGUCAUCACCAGGUACGCCGUUUGCAAGCCCACAGUUGGAAAAUACAACCAGUUUUCAAGAUCCUCGACACCACAUGCAUUCAAGUAAUAGAAAAAGAGCUACCCCAACAGCAGUGGAAGCAGCAGCAACAGCAUCUUCAUCAUCAUCGCGUGCUCGUUCAGCAUUAGAUGUGUCUUGGGGUAAAUUUUUGCAUCCUAAAGAACAUAUUCUUCGUGUAGGGGUACUUUAUGUGAAAUAUCUCACCACCGAUAAUUUUGAAAGAAAAUUUAAAGGCAAAUUGGCAAACCUGCCAUUAUACUACAAAGGGAAACGUAUGAGUGGCAGCGGCCUCCCAGCAACUUCCAAUGGUGGUGCAAGCGGUAGCUAUAGCUUGUUAACACAAAUGGUCCAUGGUAAUGGCAGAUCAGGACUUAGAGGAGAUUAUAGUAAUUCUAGUAUAAGUGAAGGGUCAAUUAGCAGCGGGAGUAGUAACACUAAGAAAAAAACCGAUUUAGAAAACUUGGGGAUUGUCCAUUAUGUGAAGACCCCAGAUAUUGAAGAACUCGAAGGUGAACUCGAAUCGAAUGCUGCUGCAAAGACCGUCACCGUAAAUGGAAAUCAUGGCGGAGGCAAUGGGAUGUUUAAGAAAUUUUUGAGCAAUACCAAAUCAGCGAUGAGCUCAAGUAUUUUAGGAUCGCAAGGCAACUCAACAUUGGAAUUUAAUGCUAGCCGGAUGAUUUUGGUGACUUCACAAGGAAGACUUCUAAUUCUUGGGAAAAGACCGGGGUAUGUCAAGCCAACUGAUGGUGCGGCUGAGGAUAAUUUCUUGAAAUACCAAGCGUUGUCAGAAAUUGAUUUGACCCAUCCUUCAAUUAGAUUUAAAGAAGUAAUUACCGAUGCCACCAAAACCAAUAAUAAUGUGACCUCACCAAUCAUGGAAUCGAAUUACGGGUCGCCAAACCCUAACAAUGGGUUUGAACGUGGUUUCUAUUCGGGGAUCUUUGCAGUAGUCACGUACUCUACUACCACGCUUUUCCAGGUUGAUAAAGGAAAGCUUAAUGAUUGGACAGAAUGUCUUACGGAAUCGAGAAUUGGCGGAAGGAUAUAA